GCGGUUGCCACGGCAACGGUUGUGCUUAAACGACAAAGAAGGAGAAAACAAAAAGGUGCGAGUGGUUUAAAGUUAAUCAUCUGUUCGGCAAACAUCAAACACGGCCAGGUAUCGACUCCUGCAUGCAGAUCCAAAGAUCGCUCCUCUGUUUGCUCAGGGCCGUUACGGGUUUUCCUGCCGGGAUCAGAACAUCAUCAGAACCUUUUGGACCUUCUUUGUUUCUCAUUCACAGUCUGGAUCUGAACCUGAAUUCACCCAACCAGGAAGCAGAAAAACAACAGAACCUGCUCAUAAUUCAGGUGGUGUGAUGAUGGAUGAGCCGACCUAACGAUGGGAUCGGUCGUGUCGUUCUUUGGAAAGUUGUGUGGAGGGGAGAAGCAGAAAGAGGAGGAGAGACGGCUGCGAGCGAAUGACCGAGCUUUCAACCUGACCUGGCCGUAUGCUAAAAAUGCCAUCAAAACGUCCAAAUACAACCUUUUCUCCUUCCUGCCUCUGAACCUCUUCGAACAGUUCAGCAGACUCGCCAACGCCUACUUCCUCUUCCUCCUCCUCCUACAGCUAAUUCCUCAAAUCUCAGCUGUUCCCUGGUUCACCACUGCUGUGCCGCUUCUCAUCGUCCUUUCAGUAUCGGGGGUCAAAGAUGCUAACGAUGACAUAAACAGACACAAACAGGACAAGCAGGUGAAUAACCGCCAGGUGAAAGUCCUGAUACACAGAGAGCUGAGAGACGAAAUAUGGAUGAACAUCCAGGUUGGAGAUAUAAUCAAACUGAAGAGCAACCAGUUUGUUCCAGCCGACCUCCUGCUUCUGUCCAGCAGCGAACCUCUCAACCUGAUUUAUGUGGAAACAGCCGAGUUAGACGGGGAAACCAACCUGAAGGUGAAACAGGCCCUGACCGUCACCGGGGAGAUGGGAGACAACGUGGACAACCUGUCUGCCUUCAAAGGUGAAGUUCGAUGCGAGCCUCCAAACAACCGUCUGGACAAGUUCAAAGGGACUCUGACUGUGGAUGGACAGCAACACGGGCUGGACAACGACAAGAUCCUGCUCAGAGGAUGCACUGUGAGGAACACAGAGUGGUGCUUCGGCUUGGUCAUCUUCGCAGGUUCUGACACCAAACUCAUGCAGAACAGCGGGAGAACCACGUUUAAACGGACCAACAUCGAUCAGCUGAUGAACAUCCUGGUGUUGUGUAUCUUUGGUUUCCUGGCAACCAUUUGCGCCAUCAUGACGGUUGGCCACGCCGUCUGGGAGGUGAACGAGGGCUCGGCCUUCACCGCGUUUCUUCCCCGCCAACCAGGCGUUGACAUUCCUCUAUCGUCCUUCUACGCCUUCUGGUCCUACGUCAUCGUCCUCAACACGGUGGUGCCCAUUUCUCUCUACGUCAGCGUGGAGAUGAUCCGCCUUGGGAACAGCUUCUUCAUAGACUGGGACAGGAAGAUGUACUAUCCAAAGAAAGACACUCCAGCCCAGGCGAGGACGACCACGCUCAACGAGGAGCUGGGUCAGAUCAAGUACAUCUUCAGCGACAAGACCGGCACUCUGACGCAGAACAUCAUGACCUUCAACAAGUGCUCCAUCAACGGGAGGAACUACGGUGAGCUAUGUGACAUUUCUGGCCAAAGGAUCGAGAUAACGAAGAACACGAAGAGAGUGGACUUCUCCUGGAACCAGCUGGCGGAUCCGAAGUUCAUCUUCCAUGAUUUCAACCUGAUGGAGACGAUGAAGAAGGGAAUCCCGGAGGCCCAGGCCUUCUUCCGCCUGCUGGCUCUGUGCCACACCGUCAUGCCGGAGGAGAAGAAAGAGGGGAAGCUCAACUAUCAGGCUCAGUCGCCAGAUGAGGGCGCUCUGGUGACGGCGGCGAGGAACUUUGGGUUUGUUUUCCGAUCGCGGACGCCGGAGACCAUCACGGUCAUGGAGAUGGGGAAGAAAGUUACGUAUGAGCUUCUGGCUGUUCUGGACUUCAACAACGUGAGGAAGAGGAUGUCUGUGAUUGUCCGUGACCCUGAGGGCAGGAUGACCCUUUACUGCAAAGGCGCAGACACCAUCAUCUAUGAGCGACUGCAUCCGUCCUGCUCCAAGCUGAAGGACGUCACCACCACACACCUGAACGAGUACGCAGGMGACGGGCUUCGCACUCUGGCUCUGGCCUACAAACACUUGGAGGAGAGCUACAUGGAGCGCUGGCUGGAGCGCCACCAUGAGGCCAGCAUGGCCAUCGAGGGACGCGAGGACAAGCUGGACAUCCUCUAUGAAGACAUAGAAACGGACCUGAUGCUGUUGGGAGCCACAGCUGUGGAGGACAAGCUGCAGGAUGGCGUCCCUCACACCAUCGAGCAGCUGGCCAAAGCUGACAUCAAGAUCUGGGUUCUGACCGGAGAUAAACAAGAAACAGCAGAAAACAUUGGAUAUUCCUGCAACAUGCUGAGAGACGAGAUGAAGGACAUCUUUGUUGUGAAUGCUAACACAGCUAACGAGGUCAAAGAGGAGCUGCAGAAAGCCAGAAGAAAAAUGUGUCCCGGAUCAGUAGAGAAGCUGAAGGUGAUCAAAGCUCGAGCCGGCCUGUUUUGGCUCCAGAAGAUCCAGACUGUACCGGAUGAGAGAGUAGACGAAGAAUAUGGCCUGAUUAUAAAUGGACACAGCCUGGCCUACGCACUGCAGGAGGACUUGGAGUUGGAGCUGCUGAGGACGGCAUGCAUGUGCAAGACGGUGAUUUGCUGCAGGGUCACCCCUCUGCAGAAGGCCCAGGUGGUUGAGCUGGUCAAGAAGUACAAGCAGGCCAUAACUCUGGCCAUUGGAGAUGGAGCCAAUGAUGUCAGCAUGAUCAAGGCUGCUCAUAUCGGCGUGGGCAUCAGCGGUCAGGAAGGGAUGCAGGCGGUUCUCUCCAGCGACUUCUCCUUCGCCCAGUUCCGGUACCUCCAGCGCCUCCUGCUGGUGCACGGCCGCUGGUCCUACAUUCGCAUGUGCAAGUUCCUGCAAUAUUUCUUCUACAAGAACUUUAGCUACACCCUUGUUCACUUCUGGUACGGUUUCUUCUGCGGCUUCUCUGCUCAGACUGUUUAUGAUGACUGGUUCAUCACCCUGUACAACAUGGUUUACACUGCUACCUCAGUUCUCGCCUUGGGCCUCUUUGACCGGGACGUCAACGACCGCUGGAGUUUCCGAUAUCCUCAGCUCUACUCUCCCGGCCAGCUCAACACGUUUUUCAGUAAAAAGAUUUUUGUCCGAUGUGUAAUAGUCAGCACCUACACCUCCCUGGUCAUCUUCUUCAUCCCGUGGGCAGCCAUGCAGGACUCCGUCCGAGGUGACGGCAAAGCCGUAGCGGACUAUCAGUCCUUCGCUUUGUUGACACAAACCAGCUUGAUGAUAGUAGUGAGCGCUCAGAUGUUUCUUGACACUUUUUACUGGACAGCGAUUAAUCAGUUCUUCCUGUGGGGCAGCAUUGCUGCCUACUUCGCCAUCACAUUUACUCUUUUCAGCAAUGGCCUUUUUUUCAUGUUCACCUCCAGUUUCCCCUUCAUYGGCACAGCGAGGAACAGUUUGAAGCAGCCGAACGUGUGGCUGACGAUACUCCUGACCUGUCUUCUCUGCGUCCUGCCCACUGUGGCUUAUCGCUUCCUCUGCAUGCAGCUCCGUCCCACCAUCACUGAUAAGGUGAGGUUUAAGGCUCGGAAGGAGGGACAGCCGGCUCCGGCUCCUUACCGGCCGCCUCCACGGCGCGUCAGCACCCGCCGCUCCAGCUACGCCUUCUCCCACUCCCAGGGCUACGGGGAUCUGGUAACCUCCCGCAAAUUCAUGCGCAUGAAGCGGCGACAGACCCUGUUCGGCAGGAAGGUGUCUCCGCUGGUGAAGAACCAGCCGCAGCGAUAUCGGACCAUAACGGAGGAGACGGAGGAGUCGCAGACAUAAGAUGCGUUCAGGGACUGAAUUACUGUUGUUAUCUGUGUCGUUAUUUUGAUACCUAACUGAGAACUGGAUGGAUGCCGGAGGAAAUCAAGGCGUCAUUAAAACACUGAAAUAGUGUUA